UUCUCUGAUGGAGAGAUUGGAACAGAAACUUUAAUGUCACAAAAAGACUCAUGAUGUUUGGUUCUUUUGACUUUGUUAUGGGUCAUCUGAAAAUGUGACCACAUGUAAUGGGUCAAAAAUAUAUACAGCAAUGCUAAUAUUUGUCUACAUGUCCUUUUACCAUUUUCAUUUCAAUUGGGCACUUUUAGUAGCUACAAGCUUCUGUAGUGGUUUCUGGUUUAAGCAGAAAAUCUUAGUUAAUCAUUAUGUGAGAUAAUUCUUUUUUUUUUUUUUUUGUAUUUACUCAGCAGUGUCUUUCAUGGAUCUAUUUUUGUCGAUUCUCCCGAUAGUUGACUCAUGAACUUUGGCUAUAACUGAGUCAAGUGAGGCCUGCUCUCCUUCCACGCUUUUGUCAGCCUCUGGAUGAGUCGUCGUCAUGUUCUUGGACUCAUCAUGAGGGAUCAGACACGGUUACGAGCAACAGCAAAGGGGAGCUACAUCAGAAAAUAAUGCAACAGCUAUCAUUUUUUCUUUAUUGUAAGACACAUUGAAAUUGUCUUACUUGAGAUCUGUUUUUAGUGGUUAUAUAAUAACCGGAAGUCACUCUGCACAAUCACCAUUUUGUGUGAUGUCACCUGAAAAAGGAUCUUUUGGUGUAAAAGCUUGGUAAAUUCUACUCAUUCAAUCAACAUUUUUUCACAUUUACAUCCAUUUUGUUAGCAUUUUUAUGAGUUGUUUUGUGCUAGGAUUGACUCACAAAUUACGAAAUGUGUAAAAUAUUAGACAAGAAUAAUUUAGAAAACACUUGUACUCAUAAGCUUAUUACAGUAUUCUUGAGCUGUGUCGUUUUUUAUUUAUGUUUUUAUUUUUUAAAUAGUUUUGUAUAUUUGUUUAGAAAAUUUCAAAUCAACUAGUUUUUUUUUAUUUUUUUAAACUGACCCUAUAUUGGAUUUACAAUCAUACUAGGGCGCAAGUAAACGUGUGUGGAAAAUUUCGGCCUCUAUGGCUUGCCAUACAGUGUGACGUCACAGCAGUGCCCCGUCCAUGUUCGGAAAGAAAAAGUUUGUUUAGCUUCAGCAAACUUCACUCCAUUGGUGCGGAAAACCAUCAGAGGACAUCGGAAAGAGAUGGUGGUCGCUGCCUCACAGUUCGCUUCUGAAAUAUAUUCUUUAUUAAGUUAUAGUUAAUUUACGGUUCCUGCUUAUAUUAGAGGAACGCCGCUGUUUAAAAACCGAUCCUGAACGACCGGUUCUGGGGGAAUCAGCCAAGUUACCCAGCCGUUAAAGCCAGCCGGCAGCGCUGGACCUUUUUUCCGUUAAACUCUUUUUCUCGGCGUCGUCAUCCUCACCAUGGCGGUCCAUUUGACGAGCUCCUCGCGCCCUCCCCGCGCAUGAGCCGCGGCGCGGGAGCCACCAGGGGUCGGAGGCUCCUCCGCCGGGCGUCAGGAUGAAGAUGCCGCGAGGAGGACGCCUGCUGCUGGCCAUGAGCGCGGGCUCGCUCUUCGUACUUGUGCUGUACUUCCAGAGCAUCACCACCAAACCAGAACUUUCCCUGAAGAAUGAAGCUGUUCCUGGGAAAAGCAGGAGAAGUCCUCUGCAGACGCUCUACAACGGAGACCAGCUGGAGCUGUCGGAGGAGCAGCGCUCCCUUCAGGACCGCAGGGAGCUGCUGGAGGAGGCGUGUCUGAGCCACACCAAGAAGCGCCGCGUUCUGUCGCCAAAGGACCUGAAGCACCUCAUCGUGGAUGACAAACACGGCCUCAUUUACUGCUACGUGCCCAAGGUGGCCUGCACCAAUUGGAAGCGUGUGCUCAUGGUGCUGGGGAGUGGCGGCCGCUACAAGGACCCGCUCGCCAUCCCUGCCAACGAAGCCCAUGUUGCAGGAAAACUGCGGUCCCUGUCUGACUUCUCCCCCGCGGAGAUCAACCAGCGCCUUCGCAGCUACCUCAAGUUCAUCUUCGUGCGGGAGCCCUUCGAGCGCCUGGUGUCAGCCUACCGGAACAAGUUCACCCGCAGCUACAACACCGCCUUCCACAAACGCUACGGAACCAAGAUUGUCCAGCGGCACCGGCAGAACCCCAGCCGGGACGCUCUGCAGCAGGGCAACGAUGUGUCCUUCCGCGAGUUCGUCCAGUACCUGGUAGACCCUCGGACACAGCGGGAGGAGCCCUUCAACGAGCACUGGGAGCGGGUGCACUCCCUGUGCCACCCCUGUCUGAUCCACUACGAUGUGGUGGGCAAGUACGAGACCCUGGAGGCGGACGCUCAGGCUGUGCUGCGCUUGGCCGGCGUGGAGGGGACCGUUCAGUUCCCCACUUCCGGAAAGAGCACCCGCACGGACGGAAACAUGGCCGCUCGCUUCUUCAAGCACAUCAGUCCUUUGUACCAGAAGAAACUCUUCAACUUGUAUCGCAUGGACUUCCUGCUGUUCAACUACUCCACACCAGAGUAUCUCAGGACUCGGUGACCGGCAGACGUGGACCUCCAGGUGAAGGCGCUGGGGUCCGUGUACGGUCCAUGUUUGCUGUCAGAACAGAUGAACUCUGCUUUCAAACAGACGCCUUCUGUGUUUAUGAGCAAACCUGGCUUUGGUUGGAGCUGCUGAGCCGCUGCCUUCAGCUCUCCUGCUGCGCUUCGAGUGCAAACGCUCUCCUUCUCCCAAAUAAUGAGCCAUAAAUGAAAGUCAGACUCUCAGAGGAGCGGGUUCUCUUCUUGCUGUUGGAUGUGCCGACCGUGCUGGAAGGUCUCUAUUUAUGUCCGUCCUAUUUAUUUGUGAUUAAGUGCAAAUAAUUUAUAGCAGAGAUUGUCUCCUGGUGAAGGGGCAGUGACAGUCAGCCCGCUGCCACCCUUCAUCCAUCGGCGUCAGUGUUUGGCUGAACAAACAGCCGCAUAGCUGUGGUCGCGGCCCGCUCCAGCCCAGCGCCGCCCCGCUCAGAGCUGCCCUUGUUGGUGCGAGCGCCGGCGCACGAGGGGUUAAUCCAGCUGCACUGCGGUGCCUUGUUCUGCAGACCUGCAGGAAUUCAUGCAGCUUAUUAUAGGAAAAGAUUUUCUUAAUGGCAUCUUGUGUCUGAAGGGAAAAUCCCUCAUUUCUGUCUUUCCAGGUGCAGUUUGAGCGUUUCGGAUCAAACCUUUGGAAGCUGCUGUCGUUCUGUUCUCACAAACAUUAAAACUGCUGCAUUAGAUGAAUGAAAGUCAAUUUAUUUCUAUUAAAGCAGAAUAUUCAGCCUUUAAAAAGCUUCUCAGUAAACUUUUUAAAGGGUCAAUAUCUUGAUUUAGAGGAAUCCAAUCGAGAUGAGCUUCAUUUUAGACCUAACAGAUAUUUAUUUACCCCAAAACAAAAACACAAAACCCUGAGCCUGGUAAAUCUAUUGUUGGGUGAGGAUGGGGGGCAGGAGGAAGGGGCACAUCCACUAAAUUUGAUGAUAAAUGGUGAGGAGAACAAAGUGCAUAACUUGAAUUAAUAAAUGUAGCUACAAAAAUGAACAAAUUUUUAAUGAAAUUAUUUCACAGAUUAAAAAUUUUAUUAAAAAAAUAUUGAAUUCUAAUAGUUUAAUCCAAAUGAUUCUUAAACUGCACACAGACUGUAAUAACACAACAUUCAAAACAAAAUGAGUAAAUUAUAUUCCAAUUCCAGAUUAUUUCAAUUGGACUAAAUUAUAAUUUGUUUUUUUAAUGUAAUAACUGAGAAGUGACCAGCAGGUUAAAUGAAAGCAUUUUCUGUUAUAAAACAGUUAUCAGUUUAAAGAAAGAUUUCUGCUGAGUUAAAUAAAAUAAAUAAACAAGACAGAAACUUUAGUCCAGAAAAAAGCAGAGAAAGGCCUAAAACAAAUCAUUUCUGGGCUUUUAUUCCUCCAAAUGUGUGAAAUGUGAGUUUUAACAUGACAUCAAACCUAAGUUAUUACGCAUUCUGUAAUCCGGUCAAAGAUAGCUGGCGCCCUGCAUCAUUUCCUCCCCCUGAUUGGUGGAACACACCUGGUUUGGUGAUCAGGUAGAUCCAGAGCGGAUCACUAAAUCCAGAUGUUGUUUGAAUCCUCUGAGACAAUUAUUGACAUAAUUCUCAACAUUAAAAUUAAGAUUCUGGAGCAAACAACGAUUCUUUUGACUUUCUUUAUUCUAUUUGAUGCCUUUUUCACACAGUGUGGGAUGUUCUGAUCCUAAACUAUUACGUUUCUUUUUUCUUCUUUAAGUUAUUUGGUUCCUGUAGAUGAAUCUGUUAUUAGGGUGGAUGCAGUCAAUAGGGGGCGCUGUGCUUUCAGCGCUUUAGCUCCACAGUUUUCAUGGCAGCAGAUUUCCUGCUUCUUUCUGUGGUUGUUUAGCUUCUUUGCUUCAGGAAGAAUUAUCACUCAUGAUCUCUGGAUCGAUUCAUUGAUGAUCUCCAUGUCUUUAUUUCUUUCUUUUUUUUAAAGAAAUCAUUUAAACCUGAAGUCUGACUGUUUCUUUUUAUUGUACAAGAAGUACUGAACAAAACCCCCGAAGAGACAUUUGGGUUCUGGAGCAGCCAAAGUCAACAAGAACAUCAUGGAUUCAGUCUCCAUAAAAAAACAAGCUGCUCUUCUCAACACUUCAGUCAAGAACCAAAAACUUCAUCCGGGUUUGAUCAUAAAGUCCAAAGAAUUCACUUUUGUUGAAACAGAAGAUGACGGUCAAAACAUGCUUUUUCUUUCAGUUUUGUGUCUUAAAUGUGAUGUUUUUCAUCCGCUCAGAUCAUUUCACUUCUGCAGUAAGUUAAAAACAAACCCCUGAUCUCUCAUUUCCUGUCUCUGUUUGUGUCCUUCAUGAUGUUUUGAAUAGCUUUGCUUGUUGUUCUCUGAAAAGUGCAAUACCUGCAUGGUUUUCAUCUUCUUCAGCUUUAGUUUUUCUCCACGUUCUCUGCUGUUCUGUUUCUGUCUGAGAGCCCCCCUAAAGCUGUGGGGGGGUUGUCAUGUAACUGUGAAUGUGAUGAACUGUAGUCCACUUGCUGUCUUGAUAACUGACUGGUUACCCUUGAAGUUCCAAUAAAGAUGACGCCCAGCAGCAGCA